AUGGACCCAUCACUCGAAAGUGAUGUUCUAAACCGAAGAUCGUUAAUUCUAACGUACCGAAAUUACAAAAACGACACGGAGUACAUCGCUGGUUGGCUCGCAUGGACAUCGGGGAAAUGCGGAUACAUCAGAGCUAUCAACGAGCCGGAGCCUCAGCAGAAGGCGCCGCGGAAGAGGGGAAAGGCAGGCAAAGCUCGUAAGCCAGCCACGAAGACGCCGGAGCCUGUGACCCCAGCUCAAUAUCCUAUACGCGUCUUCGAGUUCGUAGAGAUGGCUGAACAUAUUGCUUCAUUUGAUCCCAAGAUUGAAGUCCCAGCUGCGCUACAACAGGUGUUUGACCGAGUGAUCUUAGCUCGGAGCAAAGUGGCCAGUUGGUUCGAGAAAGGGCACUCGACCGAUUACGUCAGCAACCACAGGCACUCCUACUUUAUCACCGUUCUGGAAAAGGCGGCAAAACUGCUGAAGCCUCUGAUACCAGAGACGCCAGUAGUUUCUGAGAACAUCAAGUUACAAAACAGGUUCGCCGGGCUUACGGUCGAAGAGACGGACCCACUGGACGAUCUCAUCACCGAAGUUAAGGAGAAGCAAUUGCCCAAAGUCGACCCUAUCCCGAUUGAGCAAGACGAGGAGAGUCUCGAGUACGACUUCUUCUUCGCUAUCGCGACAUUUCUUGACGAGAUCUACGACGUGCGAGCAUGGAUUGUGCGAGAGUGGGAUGAAUAUCGGCAGACAGGUGACGGCCUCACACGCGCGGCAGUGCUUUCCAAUACAGCCGUCGACCUGGUGCGAUCUGCUGAGAAUCAAUUCGAUCAGAUGCUCGUUCGUCCCAAGAAAUACCCCGCCAAGGAAUACCCUGUUUGGACUCUUCCGGCACUGCUCUAUGCUCGCUUGCAUGAUUUCUGGGACGGCGAUAUCAAAGAUAAUGUCGAUAAACUCGUCAAGCCGUCUAUGAGAAUCCAGCCAAACGAUCAUCCGUGCGAGCAGGAGACAUAUUGCAUGUGGCACGUCUAUAGCGGCCUAAAGAUGUUCUUUGACGUUGAGUCGGUGUUUCAAGAGGAGGGCACGCUUGCAGCGCCUUUUCGCGAGUACAAAGAAACUGUUCGUAAAGCCGCGAAGGAUUUCUCCAAAAUUGAUCCUAUCUCCAAAAUUGAUCCUAUCGAGCGGCCAUUCAAGGGAUCUGCGGAUUCCGACAAAAAGAUAGCCUCGCUCUAUCAGAACAUGCGUAAUAUCUUGAGCGACCAUCAAGACUACGCGAUUCGUGAUCGCUGGGGAAGAUUCAUCCGGAAGAUCAAGGAGGACAAGUAUGAGCCACUGAGUAAAACUGUAGACGAGCCGGAUUACGUCUUGAAAAGGCAUCCGAUCCGCUGCGGGCUUCUGAAGUACGAACUACAGCUACAGCUUAAUCACAGAGCUUCCAAAAUCGAGCAUAUGGCGGGCGACAUUCUUUACAUGGCCUGGCUGUAUGUUGCGGUAAGCCGGAUACUGCACCCGGAAAUGCCCCGAUGGCCUGACAUGGAAUAUCUACUCAACGGUCGACAAGACAAGCUAUUCUUCGGCGAAUGGCCAAAGACUCUCGACGAAGUGGGUAAGAAGAUUGAUCUCGGACGCGGCUACUCCAUUGCCAAUAAGGCGAGCAAUCGGCGUUCAAAGAAGGACACCUGGGACAACAAGCAAAUGCGCCGACUCGACGACCCAACUGUGAUCGGAGAACUGUUUUUGAAGCGGAUGGGUGCGGAACCCAAAUCAACAGCAGAAGCCCACGAAUGGGUGAUGAAGUUAGUCAGCCUGGUGUGCAAGCCCGAGUCGCAAAGGAUCUUGGACCGACAAGAAAACUUACCCCAAGGUACUUACGAAACAUCGGAAUUCUUGAAGUCCGUGGAGUUGCAACGCGAGCCCUUAGCCUUGCUCGGAGAGAUUCGCCAGUGGCUCCUAGCGGAUGAAAACGACCUGCACUUCGACUGGUUCGGUAUGUUGUCUACCUGUACAAACAUCUGGAAGACAAUCAUGCCGGCAUUUCGCAAGAAUCCCGUGUUCAAAGACGACCCUAACAUCUACAACUGGAACGUUAAUACUGUAAUCACUGUACUCAAGACAGAAUCUAUCGCGCAAGACAUGGGUACGCCUAUGCCAAUCUUUGAGGCGGUUUGGGAAACUUUAAAGCAGUUCAUCCAGAUCCCAGUAUCAAAGGAAAGCGGCAGCAAAACAUGGAAGGGCGAUCUACAUUUGGCCAAGCUUGUAGAUGUUUGCAACCCUGCGAUGACGUUGAUGAACCCAGGGCCUGUCAGCUUCAUGAAUCUCUAUGCAAACUGGAGUGAUGAAGACAAGAGAGACUCUCGUGUGGGCAGAGCAGUUUGGUAUGCAAUGCAGGCAUUUGGUGCUAGGACCGGGAAGGAGAAGAACACCAGAGAGAGCGUGAAAGAAGAGACAGAUGGUGAAGAGUCAGUCAGCGAGAUAUCAGCCGCCGAGGAGCCUGUCGACGAGGAACCAGCCGACAAAGAGCCAGUGAAUGAUACACCCGCGGAUGAGGACGAACCCAGCGAGCACUCAGGCAGCCAAGACGAUGAGACGGCUGAAAUCGACGAAGCAGCUUCGGAUGCUGGUAGUGGCAUCAGUAUUCAGGAAUUCUCUUUGGACCUUAAUGCGCUAGCUAGCCAGUACAAGAACGGCGGCAACAACAUCAUCUUCAUGGGCAACAAAAUGAAAGCGCCGGUAGCCAUCAGUCGCGCGCAGAUGGGCCAGCUACGUACGGCACCCAAUGGGGACUUGAUAUUGCCCGGCGGACCCCCAAGCCGGUCAUCUCGAGUACAAAUGCUACCCCCACGGAAGUCGAAGCGUGUUCGUGGUGUUCGUGCAAUAGCUACGACGGAAGAUGCCCCCGAUCUGUGUGCUUGCGGUCUCAGUCGGUACGGAGUGAGUGUAAGGCCGAUAACGACAAUGAACACCAAGGCAGCGAAAGUGGAGCACCAAUGUAUGGGAGCGCUAUUCGAAGGGAUCGACGUGCCGGAUCGUGAUCUUGGAGACGCUAUCAAGGUGACACGACGCAAAAUUCGAGGUUCGUAA